UCCCACUGCGGCGGUGGCAGCGGCGCGGGGCGGCCAGCCGGGCCGGGGCCGCAGAGUCGGGAGUGGCCAGCGCGCAGCGCCGCCAGUCCUCCGGCCCGCCCUUUUCCUUGCGGCGCGGCGGCUGGGAGGCGAGGAACCUGACAACGGUGCCAGCACUUGGGAACACUGUAUGACACUACAUCAUGAGUGACAGUAAAUGUGACGGUCAGUUUUACAGCGUGCAAGUGGCAGACUCAACCUUCACUGUCCUAAAACGUUACCAGCAGUUGAAACCAAUUGGUUCUGGAGCUCAAGGAAUUGUUUGUGCUGCUUUUGAUACAGUUCUUGGGAUAAAUGUUGCAGUCAAGAAAUUAAGCCGUCCUUUUCAGAAUCAAACUCAUGCAAAGAGAGCUUACCGAGAACUUGUCCUAUUAAAGUGUGUCAAUCAUAAAAACAUAAUUAGUUUGUUAAAUGUAUUUACACCACAAAAAACUCUAGAAGAAUUUCAAGAUGUGUAUCUGGUGAUGGAAUUAAUGGAUGCUAACUUAUGUCAGGUGAUUCACAUGGAGUUGGACCAUGAGAGAAUGUCCUACCUGCUUUACCAGAUGCUUUGUGGCAUCAAACAUCUGCACUCUGCUGGGAUCAUUCACAGGGACUUGAAGCCUAGCAACAUUGUAGUGAAAUCAGACUGCACCCUUAAGAUCCUUGAUUUCGGCCUGGCCCGAACAGCAUGUACCAACUUCAUGAUGACCCCCUAUGUGGUAACACGGUACUAUCGGGCACCUGAAGUCAUCCUGGGUAUGGGCUACAAAGAGAAUGUUGAUAUCUGGUCAGUGGGUUGCAUCAUGGGAGAGCUGGUGAAAGGUUGUGUGAUUUUCCAAGGCACUGAUCAUAUUGAUCAGUGGAACAAAGUGAUUGAGCAGCUAGGAACACCAUCCGCAGAGUUCAUGAAGAAGCUUCAGCCAACUGUGAGGAAUUAUGUGGAGAACAGACCAAAGUACCCUGGAAUCAAGUUUGAAGAACUCUUUCCAGAUUGGAUAUUCCCAUCAGAAUCAGAACGAGACAAAAUAAAAACGAGUCAAGCACGAGAUCUGUUAUCAAAAAUGUUAGUGAUUGACCCCGACAAGCGGAUCUCUGUGGACGAGGCUUUGCGCCACCCGUACAUCACUGUCUGGUACGACCCUGCCGAGGCUGAAGCGCCACCACCUCAGAUCUAUGAUGCCCAGCUGGAGGAAAGAGAACAUGCCAUUGAGGAGUGGAAAGAGCUAAUUUACAAAGAAGUCAUGGAUUGGGAAGAGAGAAGCAAGAAUGGUGUUGUGAAAGAUCAGCCUUCAGGUUGCACAGAUGCAGCAGUAAGUAGCAACGCCACUCCUUCUCAGUCAUCAUCUAUCAAUGACAUCUCGUCCAUGUCCACUGAACAGACACUGGCCUCAGACACAGACAGCAGUCUCGAUGCCUCGACAGGACCCCUGGAAGGUUGUCGAUGAAAGCUGGAAUGUUAAACUUGUCAUCAGUGAAGGGACUCUUGCUUCCUGGGCCCCAGAUGCUUGGGGGUUGAUGGAACCAAAUAGGAAAACUCCGUGUUCUGCAUGUAAGAAACACAAUGUCUUGCCCCUACUCAGUUCUCCUAGGAUUGCCUGCUUAGAUUAUAAAAUGAAGCAGAUCAUGUCUGAAGAAGAAAGUACAAGCCACAGUUUUAGAAAUUUUGUUCAGAAUCAUUUCAGGUGAGCAAUUAGACUAGCUGACUUUUUUUAAGGUGUAAGUAACAGUGGUGGCAUUCAUCCGUAACUGUUGGGUCUUCUGUGCAUGUGAUGACAAAUGCCUGCCUGACCUGCCCGUCUAGCACUUUGGAAAUCAGUAUCUAAUUGCCAAAUAAUCUGCCAGGUAGUGCUAUUUCUAGAAUUAUCUCUUGAUCUUAAAUAGUUGGAUGUCUAUCCAGAAAAGAAUCAUAAGUUUGUGCAUAUUAAUUGGGCACCAUAUUACCUUAUUUUACCCUAUUUUAUGGUAUGAUUUAUUCUAUCUUUUGUAUUUCAGAAAUAUUAUAAUGGAAUCUAUUUAAUAAACAAAACACACAGCAUUUCUUAGAUUGUGAUGCUUUGGGCUGAGAUGUCUUGCUGCUAGAGCCAGGAUACUUCCUGGCCACACGGUCUCCUCCAUGUUGUCCAGCCUAGGAUGACUGUAUGGCCAGCUUUCAUGCAUGAUCAAGUUCUCUCUCAUUUGGUGCUGCUUACUGCAUAUUUACCUUUGAAGUCCUGCCUGCCUUACUUCUUUUUUCUUGGUCUUUCUGGACUUGCUAUUAAUUUAAAAUGCUACCUAUAACUUCAUCUUCUUUAUGAAGCAUAUGACGCCUGUCUCGCUACGGGACAAACUCCUAAAUCCAUGGCCUAAUGUUAGAGUAAAAUGUUGCAAAACAAUUGCUGACAUUUGUUAUGGUCAUUGACUUGCCAGAGACUGGCCUGAGUGGCUCACUUCCGUCACUCAGGGUGGAGAAGGUGAGCCCACCAGGCGGCUUUUCCCUUUGCUAACCCCGCAUUCUUACUGGGCAUUUUCAUCUUUGCUGGGAAAAGCUAGAUGAACACCCCUUUGGUCUGUUGCGGGGCAGGGCUGAGUUGGGAGUUCUGUGUGCUGCUGCUGCUGCUGCCUUUUGGCAGGAAAACCUGUGAAUGUCCUAGAAUGUUCCUCAGAGGGCUGUGAAGGAUGAACUCUCAGGGGAGUGGUUAGCAUGGAAUGUUGUCUGAUUUCAAAACUGCUCACCUGAAAUUGAUGCUUUCAGAUGUGACAACUUGUCAAGUUUUCAAGGUGCACUGCAAUCCUGAGUAGAAAGUGUCACUGCAGAAGUGGAGUCAGGGUGCUCACGUCCGCUGCCUGUGCUCAUGGUGUGUCUCCCCCAAGCUUAUUUCAUUACUGAUUCAUUAUCUUGUAUUCACUUAUUUGAAGCUAUAUGGUCAGUGUCUUAGAGAAUGUAUUCUAAAGGAGGAAGAAACUUUAUGCUGGGUCUAAAACACAUAAUUGUAUCAACACCAAUUACCUUCUUGGUUGGUCGUGUCACUGGAAACUGGAACCCAUGAUGAACAAAAAUGGCGUGGUGAUAAUUAGUUUUUAUGGUGUCUUUGAGACACUCUCAAGUACAAAGACAAAGUACUGACUUGAAUUGAGGGAGAAACACCUGUUCUUUGGCUUAGGAUUAUUUAGCCUUGUACACCUAAGGGUCUAGGUGAGAAAAGUGCCACUGUCAACACUUUACAAUGGCUUUCACUCCAGUUCACAUUCGUUUUUUUAAAAAAACUUUACUAAAUCUGUCUUUUAAAGGAGAUACAAAGAAAAGGGAGAGUGUUAAAGAUGUGCCAGCUGCCAUAGGCUGCCAGUGAGCUCCUCCAGGUCCCACUACCAGGAAGGUCCCAGGAAGCAGAGUAUGGUGGCCCCCCCGUCCACAGACCCCACUGCUCUGGGUGGAACCAUGAUGGUCAAAGCGGGGUUUCCAUCAGGUGAAAGAGCGUGCACCGGGACAGGCCACAGAGCUCUGUAGAAAUACCUCACCCAGUUUCAGGGUCCUCCCUUCUGAGCCGAGACCUGCCAAGGUCCUGGUGCGUUACGAGUACUGAGGUGGGAGAAAAAGCUGAAAAUGGACUCAACUUUUUCAUCUUUUCUAUUUUAUUUUUGUAAUUUAUAUUGUACACAACCCUGGAAGUAACUAUUUUGGACAUGUAUUUUUAUAAACCAGGUGAUUUAUUAUUAUCCUGGCAUUUGGACUAGGUUUUUUUUUUUUUUUCCUUUUGUUGGCUUCAUUUUCAGUCCAGAAGGAAAGGAGUACCUCCCCAUGCCUGGUUCCGGAGAGUGGACAGAGCUCUGCCAGAGUGGAACGGGCUGGAGGUACUGUGCCACGUGGACCGGGCUCUGGGUCUGCCCGUGGAGACCAAGCUCUGCUCCUGCUGGGGACACGACACGCAGGGCUCCAGUGCCGAGAGGCGAGCACCCUCCACGGACCGGCUUGACGCCCACGUCCACGUGUGAAGCAGAGUGGAAUCCUGUUGAAAUCCGGAUUUCAUGCUGUGUUCAGUCAUGAUAAUGAUGUAUGAGUGCGUCUGGUUGACUUCUAAUGUAACUGCUCUGGUAUUUCACAUGAUAGUAAAUACAGGUGUGAUCUUUCAGACUGCGUAUCUCAGAAGUAACAUUGCCUAAUGUUUUAUAAUAUAUUGUGUGUUUUGAUUGGUGAAAAUAAUACAGACUACAUUU